CCUCCUCCUCGGCUCCGGACAGAAACACAGAGCUCGUCUCUGCGCGCGCUGCUCAUCCGUGUCCACACUGGCAGCGAGGCAGUUCACUCCAAGAGGCCGAGGAACAGAGGGUGAAGGAGAAGGAGAAGGAGAAAGGGAAAAACAGGAGGGGACGAUCUCUGGCACAUUCCCCAGGAUGGAGGAUUCUCCAUCCAAGCCGUCUGUGGCUGAGCUGGCUGGGAGGUUCAAAGGUCAUAUUCUACCGAUGCCGACCACAAAUGACGAGAUGUCGUUUCGAAGACGACCUCCGUGUUCCCUGAAGUUGCAAAAUCAGAAAGCGGAUAACGAAGAGUCAGAUAAAACUGUUGUCUCCCCGAAUCCCUUUAAAAUCAAGAUGAGGAACUCCUCCAUCAUUGAGAGACUGCAGGCCAACCUUGCCCUAUCACCCACGGCUCUUCUGCCUUCACCCAAGAGCCCAGAGGUGAAGCUGCCGCCCGCUGCACCCUCGUCCCCCAGCCCGCCCUGCAGCCCCCGGAGCCCCACCCUGCGGCCCUCGCAUCAGUCCAGUGAGGAGGAGGAUGCCACCGGCUUCGACGGGCCACCCGAGGGCACCCCACUGCCAAGCUUCAACAAGACUCGUGCACGACUGUCAUUCAAGAGGCGCCCACCCACGAGGCAGCACAGGAGGUCAGCCGGAGACGAGGCGGGGGCCUACGGGAGCAGUCUGUCCCCAGUUGAACUGUACAGCCCGAAAGAAAAUGGGGAAGAGGAACGGGUGUUCGACAGCCCGGCGGAGGAAGCUGAAUGUGGGCGGCCGGGCAGUCGGGAGGAAGCCAAAGACAAGGACGACGGCCACCGGGACUGUGAAAAGACAGAGGACAGAGUAGCAGAGAGCCACCCAGACAGUAAGGGAGGUCCGGAGGAAGAGCAGGAAGCACAAGGCCAGGGCUCGGAGGCUUUGGAGGAGGAGGAGCAGCGACCUUCAGAGCCUUGUCCCGCUGAGCAGAUUGAGGGCGACCUUAACUCAGAGGAGGGGCAGGAGGAGAUGGCUCACUGAGAAGGAAGUGACAGGGUGUGAACUGUGAACGUUUACUUUGAGAGAAUAAAACCACCACAUGUAUGAGUUAUUCAGCGCUUCGAUUGAGAGAAAAAUUACUCCUCCUCAGAGAGAGAGAGAGAGAUUUCUCGGUUUAACGUUUCUGUUCUGCUUUUGAGUCCCACUGUCGCCCUCUCCAGGCCGUACACAGAACAGGUCUAUGAACACUGGAGAGCUACAAGACGCCGCUGUUGUCUUGCACAUGGACAUAAAGCGUCCCCGCCGAUACUGCGUCCAUGAAGAGCCUUGCACGACGAGACUCCUGUUUCUAUGACAGACAGUCUCUGCUGAGAUUUCACGAGUCAAAGACAUUGUUGACGGUGCACUUCGAAAGUCUCCUACGAUACCGACUGCUGGUUUGGCAAAAGGCAAAAAUAAUAGAUUUCAUAUAUAUAUAUGUGUGUGUGUGCAGAUAUGUAGAGGUCCUGGCAUCAUAUUAAAUCACUAUCACUUUAGGUUGAAGUGAUAUACUUUGUAUUAUUUUAUUUUUGAUGUACGUCGGUCUGCUUGUCUCCUACUUUGUCGACGGCAAAGUGUUUAAACCGCAGUGCUGCUGUGGAGUGGCGCAGGACCUCAGAGGUCACGCAUAGAAAUGUUAAGAGAAUAAAACGGCUUCCCUCCUAUGUAAA